UCAUGAGCAACAGAUAAGUAUAUCACGCAGUGGGAAAAGGUGUGUGACAUUUCUUCAGGAAGUGUUUCAGAUGUGAUAAGAUAUGGCGGAGCGUUUUGGACGAAUAAGACUCAGUCCAUUGGAGUUUUAUUAUCCUGUUGGGAACACAAGAUCAGUUGACAUCACCCAUGGCUGCAAAGUUGCUGACGAAUGUGAGAUGUUGUUUCUUGGGUGCGGUGACAUCAGAAAUGUCCUGCACACCCUGCACGUGUUGCACAAAGAUGGCACCACAAAGUCAAAAGGUCAAACGAUUAACAUUCAUCUGAAUGACAUUGAAAAUGGUGUCUUGGCACGAAAUAUGAUUUUAUUGUACUUAGUUCAAACCAUUGAUCCUGCAAAUGCUGAAGAUUUGAAGUUCAUGUGGGGAACCUGGUACGACUGUCUUUUGUCCCCGGAUCACACGAAGAGACUGAAGCAGCUGAUGAAAGAACUGUCAACUAUUCCGACAAGUAGUUUUGACUUCUAUUUUGGAAAUUUACACACUGAAAUCUGCAUUAAGGAGGCUCUGCAGUCCAUGCUGAAGGUUGAAUCCAUCAGUGGUAAAUUGACAAAUGACAAGCGAGAAGCUUUCAUAAGGGAGAGGUACACAGACGAUUUCCCCGAUGCAGCUGUAAAGAGGAUCGCAUCCAGGGUGACACAUAUGUGUGAUCAGUUGAUGUCAACCCCUCGUCUAAAAGAAAGGUACGAUCAAGAAGUUCGGGAAUAUGUGAUGACUGGUGUGUCGAGAAUCAACUCAGCUCCACUGUCAUCAAAGCGUGUCGUUGAACAGUUUCAUGGCAACAUGACAUUCUUCAGGCCUGGCUACGAAGGCAUGUCGAAAGUAGAAGACAAUUGUUGUCCACUAAUGUGCUUUAAUGUGGCCCUUCAACUUGACAGAUACGACGGGAAACAUGUCACGAUGUCUUCUCUGUGUCUUGAAAUAAUGAAGCAGUGGGUGGAAAGUUAUCAGGCGGCCAUUAAGGAGGGGUGCAUAAUCAAGAUUCAUCUCUGGCAAGGAGAGGCGACUGUACUUUGCGACACAGACCUGCCUAUAAAUCUCCAUUUUGACUUCAUAGACACCUCCAACAUCGUGGAUUGCCUUGGUCUCAUACCUGUUUUGACCUACUGCCGAAAUAAACUGAAAAGGCCUGAUGGAAUCGUGGGUACACAAAUCUUUCACUGGAACAAACAUGCAUCUUCCGUGAUGCAUUACUUACGUCUCUGCUUUGACAUUUCUGUGUUGAUGUAUCCAACAGUAUUUGGAUUUCACCUGGCAGAAGAACUAAUAAUUGGACACGAAAGUAUCCCAGACUCUGGAUCUUCUGUUGGAAAUACAAUGAUAUACUUGAUGUGGAAAGUUGGACGUGACGAGACCGAACUCUCAGAACUCACGAUCCUCCAAGAUGGCACAGAUGCAGUGUCAGUUGCCCUUGACAAGUUGCUCAAACCAAGUAUGGUUGAUGAAGUAGCAGGCAUCUUGAGAACAGUACAACCAUCAGCCUUUGAUGUGGAAACAAGAGAAAAAGUCGUUAAAAGAAUUAAGGGAAUCAGUAAAGUAAUGAAGCAGUCAAAUGCAGAUGAACUAUCAACGAACACCGCAAGCUCGUCGUCAAAACGAAGGACCAUAGUUGAGUACAUCGACCACUACAAGGUGAUCAUCACAACUGAUCCAGAAUGCCUGAAAGAAGGGAAGUUCACAAUAGAUCAUCUUAGAGGGGAUCCACAUGUUGUAGUGCUGAUCAACACCCAGCAUGGGCACCCAAGCUUUAAAAAGAUAUUACGUCUUUCCUGUGGCAUCUCAAUCAACUCCUGCAAGAUAACACUGUCGAGGAAGAAAGGAACAGUAGACGCUCUUCUCGUCAAGGACGUGAAUAUAACAGUUGGUGAACGCGUGCUACCCUGGAAGAAACUCGAGCUGGAUUCAGCAGCUGGUCUCCCCGAUUUCCCUCGUUCAAAGUAUGGGGAAUCUGUCAUUGACAAAUAUUUAGAACAACUGACGCCCCCAUCAGUCACUAUUGAUACAACAUCACCAGUUCAACAGCUUCAGCUGCUUAUAGGCUACCUCUUUAAGAAUAUUCCUCAAUCAUCUGGGGUACCAUCACUUGUCAAAAUCGGAGCUUCUUAUCUGACCAACCCAUCGCAGAGAGCCAACAACAGAUUUCACCUGAAAGGCUUAAAAGUGCACGAAAAUAUGCCGACACUGAUUUUGGAGUUUUUUGACUUUGACAAAGCUGAAGUACUGGUAGAACAGCAGAAAGUUGCCAUUUCUGAACUUGCACCUUUCUAUGCACGUUUAAGUGAUUAUCGGGAAAUGGACCCUGUCGACUCUGUUCACUUGACUCAGGGUUAUGAUUUGCUGGUUAGGAUCCUAGAACUGAACUCUCAUCGUAUUAUCCAAAACCAAUCUGAGGACAAGAGGUGGAUAAUGAGGACCUUCUUGAGAGGACGAUAUGCUUAUUUGGACAACCAGAACUGGCCAGGUCUGUCUGAUGUCAGUCCAGCUGAUGUAGUAGAAACCAUGGAGUUGCUGCAACGCAUGUUGAAGACAAUGUGAAUAGUGUCACAAGGACAAGUUCUGAUUCAGUUCUGGAAACAACAUUUCUCAGCCAGUCAUAUGUAGACAUGAAAAUUGUCUCAAAUGAUUCACGAGUCUUGGCAAGAACAUUGUGUCUCUGGUUUACAUAUUUGUUUUGUUUGUUUAUUUGUUGUUUUACGCCGCACUCAGCAAUAAUCCUGCUAUAUGACGGCGGUCUGUAAAUAAUCGAGUCUGGACCAGACAAUCCAGUGACUGACACCAUGAGCAUCGAUCCACGCAAUUGGGAUACGAUGACAUGCAUCAACCAAGUCAGCGAGCCUGACAACCCGAUCCCGUCAGGCGGCUCUUACGACAAGCAUAGUCACCUGCUGUAUACCUAUUCUAUGUCAACAUCGAACUUUCCAACAAGUAAGGCGCUAACAUGUUACUAAAUAUAAGAAAGAUGAUAUACAAAGUUAAAGAAUAUACCGCUCUCUUACCCAUAGUUCCAUGCGGCCGGCAGCCAACCAGCAUAGUACCUCUGACACAGGCCAGCGCCAUGUGACGAUUCGUCACACCUUUCAAGUCCGUUCAAGAUAUUGCAUAUGCUUUUCAUCCGUUUCAUGAUUGACAAGUCUACACAUUUUCAUAAACAAAUGUCAAAGAAUGGUUACGGUUAAUUAAGGAAGUAUGCUAAUACGUGACAAUCUACUUGUUUUUGCGUAGUUAUCCUUUGUUUACAUUGGUUGUACGGCUCCACGUGCUGUCAUCGAAGCCCAAAGGAGAACUAGCGAUACGGUCACUUUGAUGCAUAAAUAUAUAUUGUCAUGCAAUUCACUGUCGCAGUUGUAGUAGCAUAUCUAUAUAAGUAUGAAAAACAAUAUGUAAAGCGCUCCCCAAUUAUUGCAUUACUCCGUUCUAUACUGAUUUCUGAACAAGCACGUUUGUUUACAAACAAGAGAAAAGUCCGAUUGAUUAGCGUACAUGUACGUCUUUUGAGGAAUCUUUUGACCCUUGUGCAUAUUUUAUACAGUUCAAAUCAAAUGUUGACAAUGGCGCGUGUGAUUACACAUCGGUAAUAAUUUCAAUGCACAAACAAUAACUUAUAAGAGGAAGGUUGGUUGCAUGACAUAACCUUAAUUUUGUCAGCAUGCCUUACCUAGAAUUAUAUAACUACCGUCCUGUUAAAUUGUCAUUUGUCCAGAGACUAGAUCAUUAAGUGGCAUCUUUGCUCUCCAAAAAGCAACGAACGAUACUCAUAAUAAUAUUUUGAAGAAGCAUUUAAGUAUUUUCUUUAAUUUGACAUCUUAUUGUAAAAUAAAUAAAUAUAUGACUAUCAUUCUUAUCCAUAUGUGAUUUCGACAAGGCUUUUCGAUCAACACCCAAAAUAUUUCCUGAAACCCCAGUUUACAAAACUCAUAAACAAAGGCGUAAGUAACAAAUAAAUAACUCAUUGGAUCAAACAAAGAAGUCAUGUGUAAUUUUAACCUAAUGGUCUAAUUUUAACUAGCAAACUAGCAGAAUUUUGCGUUGCAUGCUCGACAAUAUAAGGUUCUGAUAAACGUAGAAUCAUAAUCAGAGUGAACCCGAGUUCAAACGGGCGAUCAUAGGUUUUGAAUGCACGUUAAAGGGACGCAAUUCUGCAGAGCAAAUUGUGGCGCCUUAGACGACUACACCAUCGAAUAUGACUUACUUAUGUUUGCAUAAUCACUGUUCUUUUUAAAUUCUGUCACAUGUACACAUAUUAAACAUUAGCUUUCUAGUGGUAUAAAUGUUAUAAUCUCGGAUAGGAUACGAAUUGUAUUGUUUUGAAAUAAAGUUUUAUGAAAACCAUUCACUCAAAUAUUUAGAUGUUCUGUUUAUUGCACUUUAUUACUUAAAUAUCGCACAAGAAUGAAUGUUUUCUUAAAAUGAUUAUGUA